UGAAUCUCUUUGUACACAAGGUUCUGUCAAGAGGCUCUAUUGUGAGAAGGAGCUGGAAAGACCUUUUCCUACAUUGUUUUUUAAAACUUGCUACAUUAUGACUUGGCUCUCUGUACUACUCCCUGUGCUUCUGGCUGUCCUGAAGCUAGCAGCCUCACAAGGAAAUGACUCUCUCUUUGUCACUGAACAAGAGCUCUUCAGAAGAGUGGUGGAUCUCCUAGUGCCUGGAGAAGACAUCCUGAGUGAGACAGCAGUCACCUCUUUAUUAAGUAUCUUAGCGAACCGUGUGCAGUGUGCUGAGGUGCCGUGUGAAAAGUGCUUUUCGGCCGAUGAUGUCUUUGAACUUGCUGGGAAGAAUGACAGUGGCAGCAAAACACUGACACCUGAUGAGUUUUUCCAAAUCUCUCCUGGCUUGCUGCUCUUUCUGACUGACCCACAGAGAGUGUGCCAGGUCAUACAGGCCAAGCACUGGGGAAAGGAAACAACAGUGUUCACAGAGAAACUAUUGACACAAAUUGAUACCAGCCAAAUCCCCAAGCUCACUCAUAGCCUGGUGGAAGAGGAGCUGCAGAAAAUACAAAAGAACUAUCUGACGGUGGACAAAGGUCAGCCUUGUGUCAACUCCACUCAAAUCAUAGAAGAAUACGAGCUGGUGUCCAAUGGAACAACACGAGUUAAUAUUGGCCACUUUUCUGCUGUAAUGCUUUACCAUUUCUUACGAGGAGACUGCCUACCCCGAUACGUAUUGCCAGGGCCUGAAUACUUCCUCAACUUCAUAUUUCACAUAUACCAGAAUCUCACCAGGACAGAACUUGAAGACUUGAUGGAUAAAAUUGGUUUAGCUCACAAUAGCCAAGAGGAUCAACACCAAGAGAACAGCGGAAGUCAUAGUGAAGACCACUCGGGUGAGGGGUCUCAUGGCCAUCGGUCCAACCAGCUGCCGAGUCAUGGCCAGGAGGAGGGGGAUGAGAACAGUUCCUGGGACACGAAAUGUUUUAGUUCCACUGAAAUAAUGGCGAUCCAUCAGAUUGCAGCCAAUGGGACGAUUUCCCAAAGCGAGUUUGUUCAGCUGAGCCCUACGUUAAUUCAGCAGCUUCUGAGUCAGGCCUGCACCAGAGGUCAUGAGAAGGAGCCACACAAACAUCAGCUGACCACUGCGGAAAAAUUUAUUUAUGGAUCGAUUGCAACAUUGAUUAUCAGUCUUUGUGCGGUGUUUGGGAUCAUAAUUGUUCUAUUCACCAGCUGCAACAAUGCUUACCAAUACGUCAUUCAGGGCUUUAUAAGCCUGGCUGUGGGGUCACUAACCGGCGAUGCAGUGUUACAUCUCAUACCCAAGUUUCUUGGUUUGCACUCUCAUGAGAAUAGUGUCGAACACACGCCAGCCCCUCACAUCUGGAAGCUGAUGGCUGUUCUAGGAGGCAUCUAUGCUUUUUUCGUGAUGGAAAAGCUAUUUGGAAUAUUCAUAAAAGAUGAUUUGCCGGAUGAAAAGGGCCAUCACCACUGUGACCAUGAGUUGGCACUGCAAGCAUUUAAAAAGAAUCAGAAGAAAAUACAGACAACAUCCCAAGUUGAACUGAUGUCCUCUGAUCUGUCUUUAGAAGGCGACUUUGGUCAACGCUCUAAAAAAGCUUUGCGGGUUCUUCCGUACAUGAUCGUGAUUGGUGAUGGGAUCCAUAACUUUGCCGAUGGGCUGGCUCUGGGAGCAGCUUUCUCUGUCUCCUGGAAAACAGGACUCGCCACAACACUUGCAGUGUUCUGUCAUGAGCUUCCUCAUGAAAUGGGUGAUUUUGCAGUUCUGUUGCACGCUGGAAUUUCUGUCAAGAAAGCCAUUCUCCUGAACUUUGGCAGUGCCUUGACCGCUUUUAUUGGACUAUACAUAGCACUAGGUGUUGCGACAGAUGAAAUAGUGCAAGAAUGGAUAUUUACUGUAGCAACGGGCCUCUUCCUUUAUGUGGCUCUUGCAGAUAUGAUUCCAGAGAUGAUGGAAGCAAAGAGCAAAAAUCCCUGGAUUUUAUUCCUUCUGCAAAAUUUGGGAUUAUUGGUCGGCUGGACAAUCUUAAUCCUAUUAUCACUUUAUGAGGAUCAAAUUCAAUUUGGAUAGAGCACAAUGCACUGCUCUGAAUAUUUUCUGUAGGGGCAAUUUAUACUGUUCUCUUUUUUUAAUCUUCACUGCAGGACGGUGGGCUGUAGCUGUAAUCAUGAUGGUGGAACGUAUAUAUUCAAUCAUAUUUAUCCUGCAAAUCCAAUUUGAUUUUAUCUUAAGUGGCACGUGGAGGUAUCCCUGGUUCCCAGAAAUGUCAGGAAAAGCAGCCUUCCAUCUCCAGUGGAAAAAAUAUCGUAGCAUCAUGAAGGAAGAAAUGCAAGCUUUUCCCCCCUUAGGGUGGUGAAAGUGUAGAUCGAGCUAUCAGCACAAGUGGUAGAUGCAAGUUCAAUUGUAACACUGAAGGGAAGUUUGGAUGGGUACAUGGAUGAGAGAGGUGUGGAGGGCAAUGGGUAGAUAAGAUUAUGCAGAAGACCAGGUGGGCACAGAUUAUACAGUGUGGGCUGAAGGGCCUGUUUCUGUGCGAUAGUACACCAUAACUCUAAUGGUUACAAUAUCCAAACUAAAAGCCAUCUGGUUCAACAAACAUUGUUUAGGGAAUAAGACCAUUAAAAACAGUAGCAGAGAUAGGCCUGCUCCACCAUUCCAUCAUGGCUGAUUUAUUAUCCCCCUCAACCCCAUUCUCCAGCCUUCGCCCUGACUAAACAAGAACUUAUCAAACUCUGCUUUAAAUAUACCCAAUGACUUGGCCUCCACAACCAUCUGUGGCAGUGAAUUCCACAGAUUCACUACACUCUGAAUUCCUCCUCAUCUCUGUUUUAAAUGGAUGUCCCUCUUUUCUGAGACUGUGCCCUCUGUUCCUAAACUCCCCCACUAUAAGAAACAUCCUCUCCAUGUCUACUCUAUCUAGGCCUUUCAAUAAUCUGUAGUUUUCAAUAAGACAUUCUCAUUCUUCGAAACUCCAGUGAGUACGGGCCCAGAGCCAUUAAACACUCCUCAUACAUUAACCAUUUCAUUCCCAGAAUCAUUCUCAUGAACAUCGUCUAGACACUCUGCAAUGCGAAGACAUCUUUUCUUAGAUAAGGGGCCCAAAGCUGCUCACAUACUCCAAGUGCAGCCUAACCAAUGCUUUAUAAAGCCACAGCAUUACAUCCUUGCUUUCGUAUUCUAGUCCUCCCGAAAUGAAUACCAACUCAACCUGCAAGUUAACCUUUAGGGAAUCCUGAACAAAGACUCCUAAGUCCCUUUGUACCUCUGACGGUUGAAUUUUCUCCCUGUUUGGAAAAUAGUCUACGCCUUUAUUCUUUCUACCAAGAAUGAAAUCUGCUGCCAUUAAACAAUCUGAUCCUUAUAUUAAACGCAAACAACAGGAAUUCUGCAGAUGCUGGAAAUUCAAGCAACACACAUCAAAGUUGCUGGUGAACGCAGCAGGCCAGGCAGCAUCUAUAGGAAGAGG